AUGGUAGUCCGCAGCUAUGAGUUAUUGAGUGUUGAGCGCACAGGCCACGUCGCUACGAUAACCUUGAAUAGGCCGGAGAAACUGAACGCCCUCAACCCCCCCUUGGUUGCCGAGUUUCACGCGGCCCUGGACGAAAUCGCAUCCGAGGAGGACAUAAGGGUCGUAAUUGUAACAGGAGCGGGCAGGGGAUUCUGCUCCGGAGCGGAUGUCAACCGGCAACUGGAAUCCCUGCAGGGAACGGCUGAUCCCGCCCCUGAAGGCCCCGGUAUCACGGCGCUGGCUCCGCACUUACAGCGUAUCCCGCAACCGGUGAUUGCUGCCAUAAACGGCGUUUCCGCAGGAGCGGGUUUUGGCGUGGCUCUGGCCUCUGAUAUCCGUAUCGCCUCUGAAGCAGCCAGGUUCUCCUGCAUCUUCGCUGCUCGGCAAGGGGCUGCCAUGGAAAUGGCCCUUACCGGCAGCAUCUACGACGCGCAGUGGGCGUUGGAGAAGGGGCUUGUAAACAAGGUUGUUCCGGCCGACAGGCUCUUGGACGCGGCUAUGGAGCUCGCACAGACCAUAGCGUCCAAUCCUCCGAUAUGCGUCCGCUCCAUAAAGCAACUCGUCCACGAGCACGACGGCGACAUUGAGAACGUCCUGCAUCUGGAGAGCGCCGCCAACGCUUCCGCCUACUGCAGCGAGGAUAGGCUGGAAGCCGUCAAGUCGUUCUUGGAGAAGAGGGAGCCGGUCUACAAGGGCAGAUAG